GGCGAGUGCAAAUAACACGUUGCGCACGCAUCGCCCACGUGUGUCCAUGAAAGGGCGCCGGCGCAGCGGCCAACGCCGCGUUCCAGCGGGCGGACGUGGCGCUGGGCACCGCGCUGGCGGCGGCGGUGCUGGUGGUCAUCUGCUUCAUUAUGAUUGCGGUGUUGUGUCCAUGGAGAGAUUGGUCUGGUCAUGGUGGACAAGGUCCAGAUCCUGGUGCAGUUCGACGACCGCUACAGCUACGCCCAGGCGCUGCCGCUGCCGCUGCUGUCCGGCGACGGAGCGCUGUCCGUAUUGGUGGUGGUGGCGGCGCACGGCCGCCUGCCUCCGGCCGAGGACUGGCAGGCGGUGGCCAACGCGGCGGCGGAGGCGGCGCUGGCGCGCGGUGCUGUGUUCAGCCCCACCGCCACCUUCCCUCGCGGCUUUGCGGGCUAAGCAUUUGUUGUUUGUGCGGGACGCCGGCGUGCCGGCCGCCGGUGAGUCCCCGGUGAGUCCCCGGUGAGUCCCCGGUGAGUCCCCGAGCCACUGCACCAUGGCAUAUGCCCUGGCCCGGCUGUGGGCGCUGAAAUGGGAGAACAGUCAACAAGAGGCUUUGUGGCGAGUGGCGGCCUUGUGCUGAAGUAUGACCAGGGGAGGGGGGUGUGCAACUCGGCCUGGAUCCAGGUUCGCGCUGCAUGGGACCCGGCCAAAAGGUGUUCGGACCCCACCCAAGGAGCUCCCGGCCAUUCAUUCGUGUAUGUAAGACAACUGUGUA